CUUGUUGACAUAUCAUAUAACCUCACUUAUUUUCCAACUCGUAAUAUGUUGUUGUUUUAGUUUUGUUCCACAAUGAACAAUACUGUAAUGGAAUUGGAAGGCACUGCACAUUUACUAGACGAGCUAGACAAAAAACUAAUGGUGUUGCUUCGUGAUGGCAGAACUCUCAUUGGCUACUUGCGAAGUGUCGACCAAUUCGCAAACUUAGUUUUACACAGAACCAUCGAAAGAAUACACGUAGGGAAAGAAUACGGGGAUAUUCCACGCGGAGUUUUUAUAGUGAGGGGUGAAAACGUGGUUCUAUUAGGAGAAAUUGAUGCAGAUAAAGAAGCCGAACUGCCUCUGACGGAAGUGUCAGUUGAUGAAAUCCUCGACGCGCAACGACAAGAACAAGAACUCAAACAAGAACAACAAAAACUAGUAGCAAAGGCUUUAAAAGAAAGGGGGCUACAUCUAAUGCCAGACUUAACCCACGACGACAUGUUCUAAAAAUUUAUUUGGUUCUCUACAUCAAAUUCAGUCUAUAGGUAUUUAUUCUUAAUGUACUGGCUUCAACAUCAAUAAAUAUAUUUACAACAAGCGAAA